AUGUAAAAUAGCUUAGUAUCAAAGUAGAUGGAUAAGUCUAAAAGUUGAGAGAUGAAAGAAACAAAUUCUCCCAUGUUCAGAACUGCGUCUCCAUAUAUUUUCUUUGAUAACCACCAAGCAUUUUGCAAGCCAAAUGACGAUUACUACAUCGAGUCACCGCCACUGUAUGACCAAUCUGAUAAUCCUCCACUUAACAAUUUUGUGGAUAAUGAUGGAAAAUAUUAUGUCGAUUUGGCAAAUUUGGAGAAGAAUUACACAAUCUGGACUAAAUAUAUGGGGAGGGGAGUGAAAAAUUUUGGAAAAAGGAAGAUAAAUAACUCUCCCAUUCCUAUGGCAGGCAAAUUUGAAAAAUCAAGCUUAAACAUGCAUAUAAACGAUCUGGAAAAACAUUUGUUAAUCAAUGGAGAAGAAGUAGAUAAAUCUAGUUCAAAUGUGUCAUUUCAAAAUGAACUAAUACCAAUUAUAAUAAUACCAGCAAAGAACAGUGCGAUCAUUCCCAAAGAAGUGAAAAUCGAAGAAGCCAUGCCCUGCUCUGAAUGUGCUUGCUCUGUGGUUGGAAGAAAACUAAAAAGAUCGUCCCUUUUUCGUUUAAUCAUACAAAGUGAAGAAAACUUGCAGUUAGGCUGGAAACUACCUCUAACCGAAGUGAGCAGAAUGGUGUUUGAGUUGUCAUCACUUUAAUCACAAUCAAAAAUAAAUACAAUAAAUUUGUACUAUAUUUUUUGUUUAUUCCUAA